UCGUGUCAUGAACAAUUUCACAAAGAUUACAGCAACUGUAUACUUUGUCUUUAGUUGCGCAGGUUGUCUCGUUGCUUUUAGUGGUGACUUGAAAAAUAUUAAAAAUAUUGAAAUAUAACAACGAAAUUUUAUACAGUAUUCAACUGAGUAUUGAAGUUAGGGUAUGUCUAUGAGUAAUGAAGAAUUCUACACUGCUAGGUCGAAAAAAUGUAAUAUAUAUAUAUAUAUAUUACACUUUUACACAUUGGUAAUAGUAUAGGCUAAUAUGGAUGUCUGACGUCACGGUAAUAGUGGGGUAAAAUGAAUAAAAAUACCCAUCUAUUGGAUAGCAUUAUGCUUCGUAAAUCUAAUGUUUACUUUUUGAUAAUGUCAUUUUUGUUACUUUAAAAUAAUGGAUCGUGUUUAAAAAUUAGUGUGAAGUUUACCCAUUAUAUAUAGAUUUUAUGAGAGGUACUAUCAGAAAUGGCAGAAUUUGUUCGUGGAGGUCCUAGCGUAUCGAAUAACGCAAAGAUUGAACAUUCUAGCAAAGGAGGAUCUCCUAGUACGGGAAGUGAAGAUGGGGCAACCAAUGAUCUUAUGAAUGCUGACAGUGAAUUUGAUCCUUUUCUUGAAAAUAUACCGGAUGACUUACAAGAUGUAGAAGAGCCAGAUAAUGCUAACUCCACUCUAUUAACUGCACCACCUGAAAAUGAGUGGUAUCAUGGACGGCUUGACAGAUUCACAGCAGAAGAGAGAUUAUGGGAUGCCAAUAAAAUGGGUAGUUAUUUGGUCAGAGAGAGUGAUCGAAAGCCCGGAAGUUAUGUAUUGUCUUAUCUUGGAAGAACUGGAAUUAAUCAUUUCAGAAUUACUGCUGUCUGUGGAGAUUAUUACAUAGGCGGCCGACAAUUCAACAGCUUAUCCGAUUUAGUGGCUUAUUACACUCAUUGCUCAGAUUUAUUAAAGCGAGAGCGACUUAUACAUCCAACACCACCUCCAGAACCCGUUAAUGACAAAAAACGGAUUGUCGCUAUUUUACCGUAUACGAAAAUGCCAGAUACUGAUGAGCUCAGUUUUCAAAAAGGAGAUAUUUUUUUUGUACACAAUGACAUGGGAGAUGGUUGGCUUUGGGUCACUGCUCAUAGAACUGGAGAGCAAGGAUUGAUUUUUCGAGAAUUGGUUGAAGAUUUGGAUGAUUCAAUUGAUCCCAAUACUGUUUUUUCGUGGUUUCAUCCGAAUGUUACCAAAAGUGAAGCUGUUGACAUGUUGGUUAAAGCAGGACCAGGAAGUUUUCUAGUCAGGCCAUCGGAUAAUAGUCCGGGCGAUUACUCAUUAUUUUUUCACAUAAAUAAUCAAAUUCAACGAUUCAGAAUUGAGAAAAAAGGUGUACGAUAUCUAAUGGGAGGAAGAACUUUUGAAUGUCUUGACGCCGUAAUAAACCGUUACAGGAAAGAACAAAUCGUUGAAGGACACACUUUAGUUCAAGCAAUGAUUACUGAACCUGACGGCAGUGUUAGAGUUAAUAGAGAAGUGCAACAUGCAGAAAAAAUUUAUGCAACACUUAGAGAGUGUCGCGAACAAUCAGGCGCUAAAAAAAAUAAAGGCAUAAAAAUGCAAGGAUACUUGGAAAAAAAAUCAGAAAAAAAUAAAAAGUGGAAAGCAUUAUAUUUUGUACUUUUAGUAGAUGCAACAGAUACGCAUCUCUAUUUGUAUGAUAAUCCUAAACGGACGAAGCCUAAAGGACUCAUUGAUCUUAGCUGUGCCUAUCUAUACCAGGUUCACGAUAGUGUAUUUGAUAGACCUCAUUGUUUUCAAUUGGUUGAACGUGCUCUUCCUUGCUUAGCUACCAUUACAUAUUUAGCUGCACCUAAUUCUGAAAGUGCGCAAGACUGGAUAAAUGCAUUAAAACCUCUAUGUGUAUCUCAAUUAACGCGCGCACCUAAAAUUGCACGCUUACGGGAAUUACGAUCACUACAUUUGAAUAUUUUGGAUGCUCACAGACUUCCUUAUAAAUUAGUUCCAAACCCAUUCAUCAUAGUGGCUCUUAACAAUGUUAAAGUAGCACGUACAAAAGUUAAAACUUGUUUACAUCCAUUAUGGGACGAAGAAUUUUUAUUAGAAGAUGUUCCACCUGAUGUAAUUACAUUCUCAUUGACUUUGUAUAACAAAGGAAAACGAAGUAAAGAUACGGAAGUUGCAGAGGUAUCUAUAGAAUUAUCAAAUCUAUUGAAUGGAGAAGAAAUGGAAGAAUGGUAUCCUCUUUCUGGUAUUACUCCAAUCGGAGAAUGGGGAGCAUUACGUUUACGCAUACGAUAUCGCCAUGACUUGGCUAUGCCUCCUGAAGAGUAUAGCCCACUGCAACAAUUAUUAUUAGAUCCAGAAUUACAUGUUGUUCGAGCUUUAGCUGACGUUUGUCAUUCAGACAGAGUACCGUUGGCCAGUAGUCUUCUUAAAAUAUUUAGAUACGAACGUAAAGAAGCAGAUUUACUGCGUUCAUUAAAUCAAGUAGAAGUUGAUAAGGAAGAUGAAACUCCAACUUUAUUUCGAGCGGCAAGCUUAACGACAACAUUGAUGGAUCUUUAUAUGAAAUCAAUUUGUACAUCGUUUUUAAAAGCUGCGUUACGUGAUACUAUUAUUAAAUUAAUCGAAAGUAAACAAAGCUGUGAAUUAAAUCCCAAUAAAAUGGAUUCGCCAGAAGACGCUUGCAGUAAUGCUGAAUUUUUGUUACAAGUUUUAGAUGAAGUAACUUUAAGUAUAUUUACAAGUCCAGAUGCAUGUCCUAAAACAUUGAGAUAUAUUUGCGGUAGUUUACAAAGAGCAGUCGUAGCUAAAUGGCCUCACGAAAGACUUGUUAGAACAAGAGUUGUCAGUGGAUUUAUAUUUUUACGUUUACUGUGCCCAGCUAUUCUGAAUCCUAGAUCAUUUAAUUUAUUAUCUGAGUCACCUCCACCAGCAGCUGCAAGAUCCCUAGUAAUGGUGGCUAAAUGUUUGCAAAAUUUGGCUAACUUGGUUGAAUUUGGAGGAAAAGAACCAUACAUGGAAGUCGUUAAUCCUUUUAUCUUGAAAAACAAAGAAAGAAUGGUCGUUUUUCUUGACCAAUUGUCCAGUGUGACCGAAAAGCCAGAAUCAGAGAGCAUUGAAUUUCGAAGUAAAAACAUUCCUGAUACUGCUAGAGAUCUGGCUACGUUGCAUCAUAUAUGUGUUUCUCAUUUGCGUGAACUUCAACUACUUUCAAAAACUCAGCCUACUAUUAAGCAGUUAGUGACUGUUACAGAAAUGUUGAGUAAACAUAAACAAAAAUACAUGGAAAUGAUACGGUAUAUCUCAACGUAGUGAAGUAUUUAAAAAUAUUAUACAAACAACAUUUUUCAAUUAAUAAUACUGAACAGACUGACGUGCCAUAUACAUAAGUGUAAACGUAUAUGCCUAAUUUAUAUUCGUAUACAUAAUUGAUUUUCCAAAUGAUGUUACUUUGUAUGGUGUAUAAAUAUAGAUAUAUUUAAUUAUGUUUUAAUAAUUGAUAUGCAGUAAAAGGUGUACGACCAUUUUGUAUUGGUUUAGGUGCUGUGUAAUAAAAGAUAAUCCUAGACAUUAUAAUA